AUGUCAAGUUUGGAGGAACCACUUGGGCUUGACAAGUUGCCAAGCAUGAAUACCAUAGAUAGAAUCCAGAGGUUCUCAUCCGGUGCUUGUCGUCCCAGAGUAGAUAAUUUGGGUAUGGGAAACUGCUGGAUUGAAGGACCAAGCUGCAGCACAUCAAACAGCUGCGAUGAAGAUGAUGAAGAAGAGUAUACAGCGGAGACAUUUCCAUGGAGAAGGCAAACAAGGGACCUGUCCCGAGGUGACUCUUUCAGUCAAAAGACUAUGACCAUGGGGAAGAACUCGUUGAAAUUUGGAGCAAUUGAUAAUUCAUUUUACCCGUCGGAUUACCAGUAUAGUCCAAAGAGCAAUACCAAAAAUGUACAGGAUAUGGCAUAUAAGUUUAUGAAAGGUAUACCAAAGUUUGUAAAGAUAGUUGAGGUUGGUCCAAGGGAUGGAUUACAGAAUGAGAAAAACAUUGUACCAACAGAUGUAAAGAUUGAACUGAUUCAUAGGUUGGCGUCUUCUGGGUUAUCUGUCAUUGAAGCUACUAGUUUUGUAUCUCCCAAAUGGGUCCCACAGUUGGCAGAUGCAAAGGAUGUAAUGCAAGCAGUUCAUAAUCUGGGAGGUGUUAGAUUGCCGGUUCUGACUCCUAAUUUAAAGGGUUUUGAAGCUGCUAUAGCGGCUGGCGCUAGAGAGGUGGCUGUUUUUGCAUCUGCUUCGGAAUCUUUCUCAAAAUCAAACAUUAAUUGUAGCAUUGAAGAGAGCCUUGCCCGCUAUCGCGCUGUUACUCGGGCUGCUAAAGAGCUUUCAAUUCCUGUGCGAGGGUAUGUAUCAUGCGUUGUUGGAUGCCCGGUGGAAGGACCUGUCCCGCCAUCAAAAGUGGCAUAUGUAGCUAAAGAACUGUAUGAUAUGGGCUGCUUUGAAAUCUCGCUUGGUGACACAAUUGGAGUUGGUACUCCGGGUACUGUAGUUCCGAUGCUUUUGGCUGUAAUGGCUGUUGUGCCAGCAGAGAAGCUUGCUGUCCACUUCCAUGACACUUACGGGCAGUCCCUUCCAAAUAUUCUUGUGUCCAUCCAAAUGGGGAUCAGUGCUGUGGAUUCUUCAGUUUCUGGUCUGGGUGGCUGUCCAUAUGCUAAGGGAGCUUCUGGAAAUGUAGCCACUGAAGAUGUUGUGUACAUGCUAAAGGGACUUGGUGUGAAAACCAACGUUGACCUUGGAAAGCUCAUGUCAGCUGGUGACUUCAUCAGCAAGCAUCUGGGCCGUCCAUCUGGCUCAAAGACUGCCAUCGCCUUUAGCCGAGCCACAGCUGAUGCUUCCAAGAUAUAAUCCCAUAUUGUACUAUUAAAAAAAGUAUAUGUAGAUGUUUGAAGUGAGAGAACACUAAGUGAAAGAAUAAAAUGCCCGCUCAUUUUGAUGAGUUGGGAAGGAAGAAGUUAUGCAUGUAAUCUGCCAAAAGCUAGUGAAAGCUUUUCAUUUGAAUGUAAGCCUGCAAUUUUAUCCCCCAAGUUUUGUUCAAAGUUUGACAUCACGGAUUCACUGAGUACGAUGUUUAGUUAUAGCAUACAUGUCUCUUGUAUAAUUAUAAAAAGAUCAAAGAAAUUAUUAUUUACACAUAGCAAGAUAAUUAAAAUUAUUUAGCCCCAUUUCAAAUACA